GCCAUCUUGCUGGAGUAGAACAACAAACUUUGUCAACGUAGGAAUAAUUUUUGAUUUUAGCACAUCUGGAUUAACAAAUAAUCCUUUUGGUCGAAGAUCAAAUGGUGACAAGAACAUAAAGUGACAACCCUGCCAUUUGCUUGGCAAUUAAACACUCUCUAGACUCGAGAAUCUGCAGUGAACAUGGAUCCUGAUUAUGAGAAGAGACUUCUGAGACAACAAAAUGGACAGUUAUCGCCAUUCUCAUCACCUGUUAGCACAAGCCCAGUAGCAUCCCCUUCCAAAGAGAAAUAUGGAGACCGUUUCAUCCCAAGUCGAGCUGGUGCAAGUUGGCACAUCAACUUCAAUGUUCUGCCGGAAAACACAGUUCAGUCCCCUAGCCAAACAAGGAAAGGAAAAGAAACCAGUACAGAAACGAGCAAAGAUGGUUUAGCAUAUUCGUGUUUGCUGAAGAAUGAACUACUCUCUGCUGGCAUUGAUGACUUAAAGGAUCAACAAACAGAUGAGAGAAGAAUACUAGCUCCAAAAGAAAGCAAAAAUCUCUUUCGGUACCAUGUUCCGCGGCGAGGUGGAGACUCAUGCGACUCUUCACCUUACUCUCUAUCACCUGUUGGAAGUAAAAGUCAAAAGCUCCUUCGUUCUCCACGCAAGGCUGUAAGGAAGAUAUCCAAAAUUCCCUUCAAAGUGCUAGAUGCCCCGGAGCUUCAGGAUGACUUCUACUUGAACCUGGUUGAUUGGUCAUCUCAGAACGUCCUGAGUGUUGGGUUGGGGACGUCAGUGUAUCUCUGGAGUGCAUGUACCAGUCAGGUGACCCGAUUGUGUGAUUUGUCUCAAGAUAAUGACACUGUCACCUCCGUGUCCUGGUCAGAGAGAGUCAGCGGCAAUCUAGUUGCAGUGGGGACACACAAGGGCUAUGUACAGAUCUGGGAUGUGUCCGUGAACAAGAAAAUCAACUCUCUAGAAGGACACAGCGCUAGAGUGGGCUCGCUGGCAUGGAAUGGUGACAUUCUCUCCUCUGGCAGUCGAGAUCGUCUCAUCUUACAGCGGGAUAUACGAACACCCAGUGUUGCCCCUGAACGUCGGCUUGGUGGACACAGACAGGAGGUUUGUGGUUUGAAGUGGUCCCCAGAUCACCAACACUUAGCAUCAGGUGGAAAUGAUAAUAAACUGUUUGUUUGGAACAUGACAAGUGUGAAUCCAGUGCAAACAUACACUGAACAUUUAGCAGCAGUUAAGGCCAUAGCAUGGUCCCCGCAUCAACACGGUCUGCUGGCCAGCGGUGGUGGAACAGCUGACCGAUGUAUUAGGUUCUGGAACACUCUAACUGGUCAGCCUCUACAGUGUGUAGACACAGGGUCACAAGUCUGUAAUCUGGCAUGGUCAAAACACUCAAAUGAAUUGGUCAGCACUCAUGGGUACUCACAAAACCAAAUCCUAGUCUGGAAAUAUCCGUCACUAGUGCAGAUUGCCAAACUGACAGGACAUUCUUACAGAGUGCUAUAUCUGGCUAUGUCUCCAGAUGGGGAAGCUAUCGUCACCGGGGCAGGGGAUGAAACACUUCGCUUCUGGAAUGUCUUUAGCAAAACUAGAUCAACAAAGGAAUCCAAGUCUGUCUUGAACCUUUUCACAAGGAUCCGAUAAAGGGAGAUAAACAAUCCAUUCCUCUUCAUGUCCGUAGCAGUAACUGCCAUUACCUACUUCAAUGUGGGUCUCUGUGUUCAGAACAAUUCUCACCAACAUCAUCAUUUCACUCGGAGAUACCAGAAGUCAAAAUUUUCUGUUGUCACAUUACCCUAGGUUUGACCAAACUGUAGAUUUAGACAUGCAUUCUAUUACAAUUAUAUAAGGAUCUUCUGGCAUUAGGAUUUAGGUUUGGGAUCAAGGACUUGCAUUUUAUGGCAUUAACUUACUCGUGAACUUUUCCUAUGAUGUUGAAAGAUUUUGAAUCGAAGUGUAUUUACAAUUCCUCUGUGUGUAUUAUACCUAUUUUGACACUGGUUUGUCAACAGGUUUUUUGUAACUGUGAUGAAACAAUAUUAUUACAGCAGUAUGUGCGCUGAGAAAAAGUUAUGUUCAGUUGAAAUUCUUAUGUGGUCAUUUCCUUGUUUUCUUGUGUAGAAUGGAACUCUAAAUCAGAAACGUUGCAAAUGAUUUCUUUGAAAUUUUAACAGCACUAAAUCAGAAGUAAUUAUUUUAUUUUGUUUUAAUUUAGUUGAAAGGCUUAUGCAUGACAGCCAUUUACAGUUUCCGAGAAUGUUACAAAGAGGCAUUCUUAUGUGCCCUUUUUAGAUGCCAUUUUAUCUUGACUAUUUAUUUAAAGAAAACACUUUGUUAUGAUUGUUGUUUUAUUUCUUACUAUUUACCACCUUUCAUUUAGCUCAAGCAACUAUGUUGGACUGUUUGGUAUGAAAUGUGCUGAUUUGUAUUUAUAACAUGGUAUGAUUUUCAGUAACAAGUACACACUUUCCCUCCAUGAAAUCUUUUUCAGUAGGAAUGGUUUAACUGGGUGAAAAGCCCUACAAAAAUGUGCAAUAUAAAACCAAGAGUUGGAAGAACUCUUUUGUAGAUAGAAAUGUAUUCAGUUAGCAUCCCACACAUUCACGUUCUAAGCAUGACCAAAGGUUUGACUAUCAUUCAGUAUUUCAUUGUCCAUUCAUUGUUCAUCAGUCAGGUAUCUCCACAUUAUCAGCUUUACGUUGAUGUUGUGUGAUCAGAUUCUGCUGACCGUAGUGUUCUCAUCACCAGGGAUGUUUGUAUUGUAUGUGGCUCUGUGCUGAGCCUAGUAUCUCCACAAUUUCACAGUCUUAUGGCAUGAGCAUGGAUGUUGGAUUAUGUUAGGGAAGCUUGUCUGACAGCAGGACAGAAGCAUGGAAAACUGAGGUGAUAAUCGAUCAAGGAAUGGUUUUAUAACUGCCCACCGUGGAUCGUGAGGGCGUGCAUUCAGUUGUUGAUUUUGAAAGUGUGAGGUAAAUACUUGUAAGAAACGAAAUAAACAUAAAUAUAUAGAU